AUGACAGAGGGAGGUAGUUCUGCUGCGAGUACGACGUCUGCGACAUCGACGACGUCCGCGACCUCGACCUCGAACACGGCAGCCGCAGCCUCAGCGUCGACGACAGCUGCUACGUCUUCCAGCAAGUCCUCGGGCUCUGACGACGUCGCGACCAAGGCCGGUAUUGCGCUGGGAGUUCUGGGUGGUCUUUUCGUGGUACUCGCCCUGGUGUACUGGCUGAUCGUGCGCCGACGGAAGCAGCUUGAGGAGGAGCAGCGCAAGGCGAUUGACGACGAGAAACUCGGCGGAUCAGAAGAUGAGGGCCCUGCCAGCGCGACUGCGGCAGAAGCUCCUCAGCUCCAUCCCCUGCGACCCAUGACUGAGAUGUUCACUGGCAUGAGCGGGCCAGGUCAGGCCAAUCACCAGACCAACGGGUCGAUCGCGAUGGCUGCUGGUCCCGGGGCGAAGCGUGCUCCUGGCAACAGCCCAUGGGAGCGUCCGAUGACGAGCGACAGCUCGAGCGACCAGGACCCUUUCGGCAGGAACGCGCAGGUACUGGAGGAUCCCGGCACGCCUGGGGACGCCCUGGGCCCUAUGACGCCUAUAAGCGAGGCAAGCACGCACGGCGCUUCGCCAGAGCAAAGAGUCGGCCUGGCACCGGCGCCCCGCGUCUCUGCGCUCACUGCAAACACGGCCACCACCGGCAGGGUGUCCGCCAUCACGAUGGACAGUGCUACCGUGCCGCCACUUGUGACUUACAGUCUGCCUCGCUCGCCACCCCACUCUGCCGAGGUCUCUCCCAUCGAGUCUGCAGACGACAUUCCUCGUCAGCCGUCCGAGCGUAGGCAGUCCGUACGAAAGGAGAAUGUCCCGGCCCCUCCUGACCUUACACUUCCUCCCAAGCUAUCGGCUGUACCACCCAGCCCCGCAGGCACCGAGUUCAGCAUGCACGAGCUCGAACCAGAUCAGUCUCCUAUAGCCUCUGCCAGUGCAGCCGCCAUUGCUGAAGCGGGCGGGCCUGCCAACUCGACAGUUCACCGCGUCCAGCUAGACUUUAAGCCAGGUCUGGACGACGAGAUGGGUCUGCAGGCUGGCCAGCUCGUCAGGCUGCUCCACGAGUACGACGACGGAUGGGCCCUCUGCAUCCGCCUCGACCGCUCUGAACAAGGCGUCGUGCCGCGCACCUGCCUGUCGACACGACCUGUCAAGCCGCGAACACCACCUCACGGAGGUGUCCCAAGAGGACCACCGAUCAAUCCUCAAGGCAGACCUCGAGGCCCGUCUGUCAGCAGCCAGCGCAGCCAGCACGGUCCCGGCCCGAACUAUCCACCGGCAGGCAGACCCAUGGGACCCCCGAGCACCCAGCCUUACCCUCCUGGCCCUGCUGGACAGCGCGGUCCAGGCUAUAUGCGUCCGAUGGGUCCAGGGCCUCGGCCACAGUCCCCGGGCGGAUCUAGCCAACGAGCUCAGUCUCCCAGCGGCUCGGGCAGGAAAUAUGGCCCUCCAGGACCUAGCAAUAGGCAACUGAAAUACCGACCCAGUCUCGACAACCGAUACCGAGACCCUGCUGCAGGCAACCCGGCGCCCGGGCAGGCUUAUUAA